AUGUCCAGGAAUCAGAGACACUUUCGAAAGAACCACCUGCCAACUGUGGUUUUUCAACGGGAAUUGCCCCGAUCGUGUGUUGCCCCAGUUGAAGAGGCAGCAUCUGGAGAUUCCACCUUAGAUAUUUCGACUCCAAGUUCAUCUUCAAUCACCACAUGCGGUCGAAGUGCCGUCAAAUUCAUCUCCUCAAGGUUUGAGAGGGCUAGGGAAUUGCCUAAGAGAUUUGCGGCUCUUCUAGAUAUUACCGCAAGGCCACCGGUUGUCGGGGGAUUUGAGUCACAGAGGAAUGCGUGGCCAUGGAUGGCACUCAUAGGGAUCAAGAAAGAAGAUGGCUUUGACUGGUUCUGUGGAGGCGUUCUCAUCAAUGACCAAUGGGUUCUUACGGCAGCCCACUGCUUGGACACUAGGGUACCUACCACAGUCAGGCUUGGUGAACACAACUACGAAAGUGAGAAUGACGAUGCAAAUGUAGAGGACUUCGAAAUUUCGCAACUUGUUCGGCACCCAAAUUAUUCAUUCCCUGUCGCCUACCAUGACCUUGCUCUGCUGCAGCUCUCGACUAAGGUCAUUCUGAAGAGAUAUAUAUCUCCCGUGUGCUUACCUUGGGGAGCCGAAAUCUUGAGGAAUCUGACAGGAAGGACCGUGAAACUAACUGGAUGGGGAGACACUCAGUUCGCUGGAAGGCCGAGUCCAGCCCUGCAGGAGGUAGACGUCACUAUGUUCCCGAUUUCCACCUGUCAAAAUGCCUACUCAACCCUGAGGCAGUCCAGAGUCCACUGGCCCAGAGGCAUCGGGCAGGAGACGGUUUGCGCUGGGCACGAGCAAGGAGGCCGAGACGCUUGUCAGGGUGACUCCGGCGGACCACUGACUUAUCAGGGAGACGAGGAGAAAUACUUCCUCAGUGGAAUCGUGUCUACGGGAUACGGUUGCGGCAACAAGGACUUCCCCGGCAUCUACGCCAACGUCCUUCACGCUCCCCAUUUGGCAUGGAUUAAAAAAGUCGCUUUCUAAGGAAGAUGUAAAGGGAAGAUUGCGGUGUCAUGUCAUUGAAAGAUGGGGAGGAUUUGUGUUGUAUUACGUGACACUUCUUGUAUUAUAGAUGGUUCGGAAAAAAUAAGUAUACUGUUCACUCCAACUGUGCAUGGGUAUUAUGUACUUUUGUGCAUACUUACAAACUGAAUGAGAUGUAUUCAUCCCCAUAUAGGAAAGAGACAAUCACUAUCACAUAUGCAUCUACACACACAUAUAUAUACUUAUAUAUAUGUAUAUAUAUAUCUAUCUAUCUAUCUAUCUAUAUAUAUAUAUAUAUAUAUAUAUAUAUAUAUGUAUAUAUAUAUGUGUGUGUGUGUGUGUGUGUGUUGGCCUGAAGUGUAGUUCGGUCGGUCCUCACGUUUCUAGUCAUUCUGCUCUUCCUUCACUGAACUGAUAAGUAGUUUUAUAAUACUUGUAAGCUUUUGCGAAUAAUACAUAUUUUUGGAUUGUACUUUUUACUUUAGCUUUAUGUUUUUUGAAAGAAUAAAUUUUAUUCCAGACUGAUGAUGUGCCAAUGUUUUGGGGACGAAACGUCUCUUAAUAAAUUGAUCAUGUGA